AUGACUAUUCUUUCUACCCCAUCAAACCACCUCUCUGCAACCAAAGCCGCCAUCUCAAAACCAACCCACAAGAAGGCAUCCAAGGACCGCCAUGUGAAGGUGAAUGGCCGAGAUCGCCGUGUCCGCAUUCCAGUCCAUUGCGCUGAGCGAAUCUUUCAGCUCACUAAGGUCCUUGGGCACCGCACCAGCGGUCAGACCAUCGAGUGGCUCCUCCAGCAAGCUGAGCCCAUUGUUAGCAAAAUCCUCUACAACACCACCGUGCCGCUUUCUGAUCCUUCUUCUUCAACCCCUUUGGCAGCCAAAGAUGCUCCGGCUCCUUCUCCUGAGAACCAUGCUUUUGAGGUUUUUGAACCAGGCUCUCUAUCCAUUCAUGACUAUAGUUUUCAUAUGAACUAUGAAGCUGAAUUUUCAGUCAAUGAGUUUGUGAACAUGUCAUUCCCUAUGUACUUCUAG